UCUCUUUCUCUCUCGCUUUUAACUACUUAUUCUCCUUUCUUUAAUGCCUGUAGGGUGACCUGCACGGAACCAUGUGCUGACUCCCGAGAAAACAAAGAAAUAUUUCACUCCAACCCUCCUCCCCCUUUCCAUUCAAAUCUCUCUUUCUCUCUCUCUCUCUGAACGUUGUUAUUUCCUUCCCAUUCAAUGGAGAAACCCAGAUUCAAACCAGAAACCCUCUCCUCCUCAACUGUUCAAGUCCUCUCUGCAAGCAACAGCGGAAGGAGGAGUAGCGCUUCCAACUCACCGGAAUUCGAGUUCUGGAUGGUCAGGAACCCAUCAUACCCACAACCCCAACUCCUCUCGGCUGACGAAUUGUUCGUCGACGGUGUCCUUCUACCUCUUCACCUCCUCCCGCUCCAUUCCGAACCACCAGACCCAGAAGAACACAAAGCCGAUUCAGAAACCCCUAAUCCCGAAACUGAACCUGGACCCGAGUCAUCAGCCGCGUUGCAUGAAUCAUCGACGGUGUUGUCUACUUCUAAGCGAUGGAGGGACAUUUUCAGGUUAGGGGAGAAGAAAACAACUGCCACAACAUCCUCUACAGGCGCCGAAGACAAAGAGAAAGAUAAGGAAAAGGAGAAGAAGAAAGAGAGAAAGAGUGGCGGUGGGAGUGUUACCGGGACAGAGCUCAACAUCAAUAUAUGGCCAUUCUCGCGGAGUCACUCCGCUGGGAACAGUGGCAAUAAGCCUAAGUUGGCCGCUGCGGCUGCCGCAACCAGGAAGGUAAGUAGCGCUCCCUGUUCACGCAGCAACUCGGCGGGCGAGUCCAAGUCCAGGAAAUGGCCGAGUAGUCCUGGCAGAGGUGGUGGGGUCCAUUUGGGAAGGAGUAGUCCCGUUUGGCAAGUUCGCCGCGGUGGCUCCGGCCUAAAAAACUCCGACCGGACAGGAACGCCGAUGGUCCGAAAUGCCGAUAAGAGUGGAAAGAAAGAAGCCAUAGAUCCUCGUCGGAACAAAAACAAUGGCGGUGCAGGCGGAACUAGGGCCAGGGUUUUAAAUUUAAAUGUUCCGAUGUGCAUUGGGUAUCGCCACCAUUUAAGCUGUAGAAGCGACGUGAACAGCACCGCUGCUGCUGGUAGUGGUGGUGGUGGUGGAAGUAGCGGCGGCGCCGCUGGUAAUAGUGGUAGUGGAGGUAGCCUAUUGAACCUGCGAACAAUAUUCUCGAAGAAAGUGUACUGAACAGGUAUUUGGGGUUUAUUUUAAUUGUAAUUUGAAGCUUUCACUACUUAUGUUAUAACGUGUGUAAUUAAA